AGUGGUGCGCUGUCGAUGGCAUCGGAAGGAGAAUCGACGGAAUAGAGGACAAGAGGCUGGGGCCGCUGUGCCAACAGCAACCUCAUCCCUCGCGAGUCUUUGGUUUUCAGACUACAAGAUCAUCAGGCCCCGAAGCAGAGAACAGCAACUACACUGCAACGGACAGACAACUUCUCCAAGCCCUAUUAUCCUCUUGUUGAUCAGAUCAGACAAUCCGAUACACAUCCUCCCUCGUCUCUUACUUCCCGUUAGUCAAAGAAAUGAAACCGACUCCUCUCGUUCUCCUUUCCCUCGGCGUCCUAGCCGGUGCUGCCCCUGCCGCGGAUGGCCCUCUCAACCAACGGGCUACCGAGGGCAAAGGCCUUGCCCUGCGAUCUCGGGAGUCUGAUGUCAUUGGCGCCGGCAUUGCAGAGACCAAAGUCAACCGCUCUCUACGCCAGACAGCCAGUCUAAAGGCCCGUCGGCGGCGGUACCGCAUCCAGCGCCGCCGUCCCGAUGAUGAUGACUCGGGCGACGAGAACACGACCGACGAUGAGGCCAGCAACCCAGUCGACGACAACACGGAUAGCGACACGGAUAACGAUACCGAUGUCGACACCGAUGUCGACACUGACAAUGACGAUCCUCACCCAGGCCCGCCUCCCGCGGUCUCGGACCACGCACCUCCCAACCCCCCCGCCCCUACCUUUGCGCCGGGCCACGAGGACACCGAUACCGACAACGACGGCCACACGACGUGUGAAGACGACGACGACGACGACGACGAUGACGAUGACCGUCGUGUGUGCACCAGGAGGCCGGCCGUUUCGGUGCAGCCGACGCCGACCGCCGCCGCCGAUGGCAACAACACCGAUCAGGAUACCGAUACCGAUGCCGAUUCUACGGACUGUGACACCGACACGGAUGACGAGGAUCGUCGGUGUAGGUCGACGACGACGAUGACCCACGUCAGCACCAUUCUCAACCCUACCAACACGCUGAGUGUGACGCCGACGCCGACGCCGACGCCGUCCGAUGCGAAUGACGGCGAUGACUCUGAUGAUGAACCGGACCUUCCUACCAGCGGUGCGGAGAAGAUGGACCCCUACAACCUUCGGAACGCUGCUGUCCUUGCUGGAGUUGUUGCUGCAGCGUUGGCCAUUUAGUCUGGUUGUGUCAGUGUGCGAGAGGUAGAUAAAGAUGCCUCGGAUACCCUUUUACAUGCAUCCGUUGCUUUCUUUUCCUCCUUGUUGUUUUCUUCUUUUUUUAUUUGUUUGGGAUAUGUUGGGAAAGACAUGUUCCUUUGUCCUUGAACACCAUCAUGUUCAAUGUUUUUUUCCACCUGUCUCUUCCUUAUGUUACCCAUAUUGGCUCACGAGAAUGAUGGAAUGUUUUAUGAGUAUACCUAUACCACUCCCUUACAGACCGAGACGUUGAUUUAUAUUUAUUGAUCGGCAGGGUGGCCACCACCAUGAUCAAUAACUACAUGUACCUACCUUAAAAUACUACUGUCCUUCCCGAUUUGGUUCCCACCUGUGAAGCGCCCUGCAUGGCAUCUGGUUCUUAUCUUGCCGACAUAUCCGUGAUAUCCUGGUGGGCUUCUACGAAGGGUCUAGAAUCCUAGACGGUACCCGCUUACCCGUG